AUGCCGCCUGAUCCGAAGCUUCAACUCAGUGACCGCAUCCCUUGGAGCGAGCCAGCUUGGUAUGGCGCGCUGGCCUCGCCGUACUACAACAAGUCGCACCGCGAGCUCCGGGACAAGAUCCGCCAGUACGUCGACGCCAAUGUGCUGCCGUGGGCGCUCGACUGGGAGGAAAAGGGCGAGGCCCCGGCGGCAGAGGCUGUGAAGUUUGCCCAGUCUGGCAUUCCCUUCGAGGACGUGCCGGACCGGUAUCGGCCAUCACACAUCCCGCGGCUGGCCGGCGUUGGACGCGAGAAGCUGGAUGCCUUUCACUUCCUCGUCGGCUCCGACGAGAUGGCCCGCAUUGAAGGCGGCGUCGCCGUUGCCCUGGCCGGCGCGUCUUCCAUCGGGGCACCCCCCAUCAUCCACUACGGCACCGAGGAGCAAAAGGCGAGGUGGCUGCCGGGCCUCUUUUCUAGGGAGACGAGCUUCUGCCUCGGCGUGACGGAGCCCAGUGGCGGUUCCGACGUGGCCCGAAUCAGGACCACGGCCAAGAGGUCCGCCGACGGCACGUUUUACACGGUCAACGGCGCCAAGAAAUGGAUCACGGGCUCUCCCUGGGCGACGCACAUGACGACGGCGGUGCGGACGGGCGGCCCCGGGAUCAGGGGCAUCUCGAUGCUCGUCAUCCCCAUGGACGCAGCAGGAGUCUUUGCGCAAAAGAUUUACAACAGCGGACAAAACGCCGGCGGCUCGUCGCUUGUGCACCUUGAGAACGUGCGCGUCCCGGCCGAGAACCUCAUUGGCGAGCAGGACCAAGGCUUCCCCAUCAUCAUGAGGAACUUCAACAAGGAGCGCUUCAUCCUGGCGGUCCAGUGCAACCGCAAGAGCCGGACCUGCCUGGCCCUCGCCUUCUCCUACGCCCUGCAGCGCGAGACGUUUGGCCAGGCCCUGAUCCGGAACCAGGUGAUUCGGCGGAAGCUGGCCGAGGUCGCGCACCGGGUCGAGGCGCACUGGGCCUGGCUCGAGCAGGUGGCCUUUCACGUGGACCGCUCGCCGCUGGGCUGGCAGAGCCCGGACAUUGCGGGCCGCAUCGCGCUUCUCAAGGUCCAGGGCGGCCAGAUGGUGGAGCUGGCUGCCCGCGAGGCGCAACAAAUCUUUGGCGGUGCCGGCUACCAGAAGGGAGGACCGGGGGCUACUGUCGAGCAGAUUAGUCGCGACCUCCGCAUGCUGGUCGUUGGCGGCGGAAGCGAGGAGAUUAUCACGGACCUUGCCAUAAGACAGGAACUGUCUUUGGCAAGCCAAGAGCCGAAACUCUAG